AUGGCCCGACUCUCGACUUCUCCCGUCGGGUUGCUGGUUGGCUGCGAGAUUUUUACCUCCGCCGCUUUGAUUCUGUUCGCUAUCGCCCUAUGUGCGGGCAUGUCGCCCGGCUCGCUGGAGGAGCUGGCGAUAUUGACGACACUCACAGAGGUCGAUAUCAGUGCCUUGACCAACUCUACCUUGCGCAGCAGCACCCUGGCGACCACAGACUGGCACGACCUGCACUACCUCUCCAACUGCUCGGGCAUGUGGAACAGGCACCUGGCACGGGCGGGCAAAAACCGCAGCACCGUCACCUGCACGUCCCAGAGCGCUGGAUACACCUUCUCGCUGGCGCAGAUCGUCGGCGGCGGCGAUGCGGGACAGCAGCUUCUGGCUCUGAAUACCCAUCACCGCCUCACGCUGGACACCAAAGCCCCGUUCGUCCUGCUCGCUCUGGGAAUCGCCAGCAUGGGGCUCACCGUCCUCAGCUUCCUCUACGGCAUUUUCGUAUUGCACGCCAUUGCCCGGCAAGGAGGACGGCGGGGCAGGAAAGAGAUGCCCCUCGUGGUCCUGCGCUUCGGGUUCAUUCUGUGCAUCGCCUCGACAAUCCUGCUGACCAUCUCGUCGGCGAAGAUCACUGCGUCGGCAGGUAAGAUGGCGGGCAGGGUCCAGGUCGGCGGUCGGAGAAAUAUCCACGCGUGGAUGGACGCCAGGUUCUAUGCGGUCACCUGGGUCGGCAUGGCGUUUGUCUGGACAGCCUUGGGACUGGUGGUUGCGGCAGCCUUCAAGAUUGCGGACGUGCUGGAGGAGGAGAAGGUAGUCCAGAAGGGCAGAUCCAGGUAG